AUCAUGCUGGACCACCUGAAGAACAACGCGCCCAGCAAGAGGGAGAUCGCCCAGCUCAAGAACCAGCUGGAGGAGUCAGAGUUCACCUGCGCAGCCGCCGUCAAGGCUCGCAAGUCCAUGGAGGUGGAGAUCGAGGACCUCCACCUGCAGAUCGACGACCUCACCAAGGCGAAGGCAGCGCUGGAGGAGCAGCUGCCGGCUGCAGCGGGAGAAGAACGAGGUGCAGAGCCGGCUGGAGGAGGACCAGGAGGACAUGAACGAGCUGAUGAAGAAGCACAAGGCGGCUGUCGCCCAGGCAUCCCGAGACCUGGCGCAGAUGAACGACCUGCAGGCGCAGCUGGAGGAGGUCAGCAAGGAGAAGCAGGAGCUGCAGGAGAAG